UAUAAGCCACUUUUAUUGAAACUGAAGCCACACAGUCAAGAUUGCAAACAAAUGUCUUCAAGUAAAAUAAGUUAGAUCAAUAAAGACGAGGUAAUCAUCCAUGCAAAUAUUUCAAUAAAAUGUUCAAAAACAGGUUUAUAUAGGCAGAACUUCCUUGCCAAACAACAAUUAAGCCACAUCAAAGAAAGUAUAAGGUGACCGAGAUACAAUGAAUACGGUAACAUAUUUUAGUGAAAUGCGAAUGAAAAUCCCUUAGAAGUGCAUUGCAUAACACGGGAAACAACUUAAAGGUGAGGAUACCGGGGUAAUGCAAACAAUGAUCACGGGACAAUCCGGGAUAAAUACUCACAUUUCUUGUUGCUGCGCAGUACAAAGAGGAGGUGAAGGAACAACCACGACUACCCUUGAUGAGCUCGCAUAUUUCUGUAAUAACAUCUCCACAGAUGUGAGGGAAACUUUUAAUACAUGUGCACAUUUAGUAUAACACAAGCUAAGAAAAUACAUAGCUUAGAUCAAACAUCAGUGGUAUGGAUUUGCAGUAAAUGUGGCAUCUGUAGAGAUACUAUACAGAUUUUAUAAGUUAUCAACCUCACUUGCUGACAAUCUGAAAUGAGACGGUGAGAAAAAAAAUGAUGAGGGGGACAUUACCCAUCACAUCUUAAAAACAAGAAGCAUAUGACAUACCGGUGGAGGUAUGGAAGCAAUUUAGAGUGGUGGUUGUGGAGUUUUUGACCAACUUAUUCAACAGAAUACUAGCAGAUAAGAAAAUGCCUGAGGAAUGGAGAAAAAGUGUGCUAGUUCCCAUUUUUAAGAACAAAGGUGACUUGUAAAGCUAUGGCAACUAUAGAGAAAUAAAGUUGAUGAGCCACACAAUGAAGUUAUGGGAAAGAGGAUGCUAAUUAAAAAGUACAGAGAAGGUGAGAAGGAGCUACAUUGUGUCUUUGUGGAUCUAGAGAAAGCCCAUGACAGAGUACCAAGAGAGCAACUGUGGUACUGCAAGUGCAAGCCUGGUGUGGCGGAGAAAUAUGUUCGAAUAGUACAGGACAUAUAUGAGGGCAACAGAACAGCGGUGAGAUAGGUGUGUCAGAAGAAUUUAAGGUGGAGGUGGGAGUGCAUCAGGGAUCCACUCUGAGCCCCUUCCUGUUUGCGGUAGUCAUGGACAGGCUGACAGAUAAGGGUAAACUGGAAUCCUCUCGGACCAUGAUGUUCACAGAUAUUGUGAUUUGCAGUGAAUGAAGGUAACAGGCAGAGGAACAAUUAGAAAGAUGGAGGCAUGCACUGGAAAGGAGAGGAAUGAAGAUUAGCCAAAGUAAAACAGAAUUUAUGUGUGUUAAUAAGAGAGGCGGAGGGGGAAGAGUGAAGAUCCAGGGAGAAGAGAUAUCAAGGCUGGAUAACUUCAAAUACUUGGGGUCAACAAUAGAGAGCAAUGGAGAGUGUGGUAAAGAAGUGAAGAAACGGGUCCAAGUGGGGUGGAACAUUUGAUGGAAGUUAUCUUGUGUUCUAUGCGACAGAAGAGUCUCCGCUAGGAUGAAGGCCAAAGUUUACAAAACAGUGGUGAGGCCAGCCAUGAUGUACGGAUUAGAGACGGUGGCACUGAAGAAACAACAGGAAGCAGGACUGGAGGUAGCAGAAAUGAAGGUGUUGAAGAUGUCGCUCGGAGUGAACAGGUUGGAUAGGAUUAGCAAUUAGCUCAUUAGACAGCCAAAGUUGGAUGUUUUGGAGACAAGGUUAGAGAGAGCAUACUUCGAUGAUUUGGACAUGUCCAAAGGCAAGAGAGUGAGUAAAUUAGUAGAAGGUUGCUGAGGAUCGAGCUGCCUGGAAAAAAGAGUGAGAGGAAGACCAAAAAAAAGAUAUUGUGAGGGAGGACAUGAGGACAAUGUGUGUUAGAGAGGAGGAUGCACGAGAUAGGCUUAGAUGGAAAAAGAUGACACGCUCUGGCGACCCCUAAUGGGACAAGCCGAAAGGAAAAGAAGAAGUACAUAUUGCUGAGUGGUGGGCAUGCUUCUGCCGUGCCCUAUACUGACUAGGAAAUGACAAUUUUUUGGUCUUCGGGGACCAAUUGAUUUUUCUCCACAAAUUCUACAAACCAACAAAUGGCAGAGCAACAGUGCAAUCUAAUCACAAAAAAGUAAAAAAAAAAUGUAACAAAUGAAUUGCAAAUGCAUGUAGAAAUUACAAAAUGAGUAGCUAUUGAAGUUGUUUGGGUCUUUUCAUUCAUUGAAUGCACCUCUUUAUUGGCACCAUGACUUGCUUGAAGCAGAUCAAGAUGGAGCUUAAUUUGAAAAAGCACAAUCAAGGCACAUAUUGAUGAAACAUUUUCAAUGGCUUUUGUACUUCUUUCUGGACACCUUGUAUUUUGCAGUUGUCAAGUUUUGGAAUGACUCCAAUAAUUUUCAUUGUCGGAGGAAUUUAUAACAUUGUCACUGGUGCAGACAUUGAAUUGAAUAAAAGCAGUCGGUUCAUCACUCAGUUUGAGAGAGUACUGCUGCUUUUCAGCUGCCUAUUUGAGGGGCUGAUAUUCCACAAUUUUUCUCCAUGUAAAAAUGUCAUUUGAAAAAAAAUACAAAAUGAAUUGGCCCCUGGGGAUUGAGAUGAUAAUUUAGUUAAAAACACAUGGUGGUAAUAAAACCAAGGCUCUUAAACUCCAGAUUCAAGCACAUUACUCCCCUUCUGUCAUCCUUGCACUGACUCGCUUUUCAAUACAACAGUUUAAGGCUUACUUGCAUCGCCCCCAAUGGUCAGGCUUCUCCAUCUUUGAUGGUCUGGUAUCAUUUUAUUGUCCUCUUAACUCAUUUUGGUCUGCUGAGCUCUCUUUGCUUACUCCCUCUUAUGCAAGAAAGAAAGGUGAGCUUUGCUGUCCAUUGCGGCCAAAUUGUUGAGUGCGCUUCCAUUUGAGCUUCUUUGGGCAGUUAAUAACACCUUGCCAUUUGAAAAAGGGCAAAUAUUUGUCGGGGAGAUGCUACUUCCCGGGAACUGCUAAGGUGCCUUUGAGCAAGCCAUGACAGAACCCAAACUCAAGAGUUGCAGCACCGCUAUUGCAACCCUUUCACUCUGACAUCUCUUGAGUUCCCACAUAUGUGCCUUCUGGUUCUCGGUGUGGUGAGCAACACAAACAUACAGCAGAGUGUGGGUUGAAUUAGUACAGUGAACCCCUGUUUUAUUAUGGGAUACGCUCCAGAUCCACCUGCACUAGGCAAAAUCUGUGAUGUAGAGUGGUGGUACGCUGAAGGUGUGCAAUUCAAAAUUUGGACCUGCCUGUAUACUAUAUAAAAAAAAUUAUUGCUUGAAAUCCAUGUUGUAGCUGGGGAAAACUGUUUAAAAUAUAAGAAUAAAAAAAAAAUUCCCAUGGAAUUUUGGGGUGCACAUGGUAGGUAUCUCUAAUUGGCAUCAGGAUUAUGAUAGGCUUUUGUGUUAUCUGGAGAUCUAUUCAAUUCCUUCUUCUGUUGCCUUUUUGCUCUGCUCAUUUGCUAGUCUUAUGUUCAGUCGUUGGCAAACGAGGGGCUUUUUUUUCCCCCCACAGGUGACUACGCCACCUUGGUUUCAGUACAGCUCCGGAAACCCAAGAUCAUAGGUCACUGUGGUGAUGCGGUUGUGUGCCUACUACGAGUGUGCUUCUGAAUGGACAGCAAAUGAUUGACACCUCAUCAGUCACGCCUGCUGUCUCUGGUGGUUUUUCCUCAGGUGAGGUGGUUUCUUAAAAAUCCAAAAAUAAGUAAAAUAUGAGAUCAUAGCACUGAUUUUUCCUCCUCCCACAUUCAUUUUCCUCAUGUAUUUCUGUAAGGCGGUACUGACUUUUAACAAAUUUGAGAUUUUUUUAAAAUGAAAAAUAAAAAAAUCCUUUCAAGGCCUUGUAAGCUGGAAGUAAAAUGUUUUCUAAAGUUGACACACCACAGAGAAGAGUAUUAUUAAUAAGCCUACCACAUUUAAAUGAGUUAAAAUUGCCAAAUACUGCAUGUAAAAUGAGGUUCCUAAAAUCACGAACUAUGCUCUAUAUUGUUUUUCUUUGAUGGGGCUCCAUGGUCCUUCCUGCUCGAGGACUUGGGAUUUAGGAUUUAGACAGUGGCACAAUACCUCAAUUGAACUGUAGCCAUUGCUAAAUAUAACUGUGUCAUCUGCAUAGCUAUGGUAGUCAAGUUUAAAGUUUUGAAGAAUUUGACCCAAAGAACAAGAUCCCGGAUACAAGCGGCUGAAAUGAGUUUCCUCAGGGCAUGGUGUCCGGGCUCUCGAGAUUGGGUGAUAAACUCGGUCAUCUGCAUUGAGACGAGCCAGAUGACGUGCCUGGGGCAUCUGAUUUGGAUGUCUCUCGGACGCCUCCUUCGUGAGGUGUUUCAGGCACUUCACACGGGAAAGAGACCACUGGUACGAUCCAGGACAGACACGCUGGACAGGCACGCUGGAGAGACUACGUCCGUUGGCUGGCUUGGGAACGCCUCUGGUGCUGGAUGAAGUGGCCGGGGAAGAGGGAAGUCUGCUUGUUCUCGUUGAAGCUACUGCCCCCGCGACCCUUGUGAAGAUAGGCCGCUAAGAACAUGGAUGGAAGGAUGGAUUGUAAAAAUACUUUAAUUUUAUAUUUUUCUUUUGUGGGGUGCGCCGGGUGUAGAAGCACUUCAGCCUGGAGCCAAAAAGUUCGAGAAACACGAGUUUAGAGCUCGUCCAACGACGCGAAACCUCCGCGACUAAAUGACAAAGUCCCCUGUGCGAUUGGUUCAACCGGCCGCCAAUCAUGUGUUACGGCUCGGAAGCACCUCCCACAGCGGCGGCUCCGCAGCUCAGCUUGCGCCGACGAUGCUUUGACUGCACUUGGCGCUGCUCUCCGGGUGAUUGGAAAGCCGAGGAGAGCGAAAGGCGCAACCUCGCCUCCCCAAACACCGAGCGAGGUCGUCGGAAAAGCGGCCGUGGAGUUUUUAAAGCAAGACCUCAAAGCGGGGAGGAGGAGGGGGACGAGGUGGACUGCUUUUCAUGCAUCGGCUGCUCUUCGUUAUAGAAAGUAACUGAUCUCCAGUCGCAGUCGACAUGUCAUCGUCCGGGAAAGACAACAGCGGAGCCCCGCAUGCCAAUUACGUGGGACCGUAUCGUUUGGAGAAGACGCUCGGAAAAGGACAGACAGGAUUGGUCAAGCUGGGAGUUCACUGCGUAACAUGCCAGAAAGUCGCUAUAAAGAUCGUCAAUCGUGAGAAACUCAGCGAGUCGGUACUAAUGAAGGUGGAGCGAGAAAUAGCCAUUCUGAAGCUCAUAGAACACCCGCAUGUUUUAAAGCUACAUGAUGUCUAUGAAAAUAAGAAAUACUUGUACCUUGUACUAGAACAUGUGUCCGGUGGAGAACUCUUUGACUAUUUGGUGAAGAAAGGCCGAUUAACACCUAAAGAGGCUCGAAAAUUCUUCAGACAGAUCAUGUCUGCACUAGAUUUUUGCCACAGUCAUUCCAUAUGCCACAGGGAUCUGAAGCCAGAGAAUCUGUUGCUAGAUGAAAAGAAUAACAUCAGGAUAGCAGAUUUCGGCAUGGCCUCUCUUCAGGUUGGAGAUAGUCUUUUGGAAACCAGCUGCGGCUCGCCGCACUACGCGUGUCCAGAGGUCAUCAGGGGGGAGAAGUAUGAUGGGAGGAAAGCGGACGUAUGGAGCUGCGGCGUCAUUCUUUUUGCCCUAUUGGUGGGAGCGCUGCCAUUUGAUGACGACAACCUGAGGAAUCUGCUGGAGAAAGUGAAGUUAGGAGUGUUUCACAUGCCCCACUUCAUCCCUCCAGACUGUCAGAACCUCCUGCGGGGCAUGAUAGAAGUGGAUGCCUCUAAAAGACUAACGCUAGAACAGAUCCAGAAGCACACAUGGUACAUAGGGGGUAAGAACGAGCCAGAGCCCGAGCAACCUGUACCACGGAAGGUGACCAUCCGCAGCCUCCCAUCCGCAGACGACAUCGACCCAGACGUCCUGGACAGCAUGCACUCUCUGGGCUGCUUCAGAGACAAGAACAAAUUGCUGAAGGACCUCCUUUCGGAUGAUGACAACCAAGAAAAGAUGAUCUAUUUCUUGUUACUGGACCGUAAAGAGAGGUACCCCAGUCAAGAGGACCAGAACCUUCCCCCUCGUAAUGAGAUAGAUCCUCCAAAGAAACGGGUAGACUCGCCCAUGUUGAACCGACACGGCAAACGGAGACCAGAGAGGAAGUCCAUGGAGGUCCUCAGUGUCACAGAUGGUGGCUCACCGGUGCCGGCCAGGAGGGCCAUCGACAUGACGCAGCACGGACAACGGUCGCGGUCUAUUAGUGGAGCCUCCUCAGGCCUCACCACCAGCCCGCUCAGCAGCCCACGGGUUACCCCUCACCCUUCCCCUCGAGGCAGUCCCCUACCCACUCCAAAAGGCACACCGGUGCACACUCCGAAAGACAGCCCGGCCGGGACUCCCACCCCGACACCGCCGCCAAGCCCCUCCAUGGGAGGUAUGCCAUGGAGGACGCGGCUCAAUUCCAUCAAGAACAGUUUCCUGGGCUCCCCACGAUUCCACCGCCGGAAACUCCAAGUUCCCACACAAGAAGAGAUGUCCAGCCUCACUCCAGAGUCUUCCCCAGAACUUGCCAAAAAAUCCUGGUUUGGUAACUUCAUCAAUCUGGAAAAAGAGGAGCAGAUCUUCAUUGUCAUCAGGGACAAGCCUCUCAGCUCCAUUAAGGCCGACAUCGUUCAAGCAUUUCUCUCGAUCCCAAGCCUGAGCCACAGCGUCAUUUCACAAACCAGUUUCCGGGCAGAAUACAAGUCCACGGCAGGCCCGACAGUCUUCCAGAAGCCGGUCAAAUUCCAGGUGGAUAUCACCUACACGGAGAGCACAGCUGCCACCAAGGAGAAUGGCAUCUACUCCGUCACUUUCACUCUGCUCUCAGGACCCAGUCGGCGCUUCAAGCGGGUAGUGGAGACCAUUCAGAGCCAGUUGUUAAGCACACAUGACCAGCCGGGAGUCCAGCAGCUGUCUGGACUUCUUCAGAAAACCUAUUAGGUCUCAUCCCAACCCACCCCACUGAUUCCCCUCCACCGUCCCACCCUGAGAGCCCCCGAGAGGUGAUCAUGCCAAUGGAGGACUGCUUUGAGAGGUUUGGGUUGCCAUGGAAAUAGGACCUUCAUGCCGACUUCUACCUUCAUCUCUCCCCACCCUGUGUGCCCGGACAGUAGAAGUAGAUAAAAAAUACCUUUGUUGUUCACCCCUUACCCACCCUCCACCCCCUGUCACCCCCCACCAUGCACACUGGGGACCCUUGCCUCAGAAAAUAAGCAUUUUGCUGAGACUCAACAUGCAUACCAGCACAUAUCCAGUAUGCACACUAAACUCUGGGAUAUAUUACCGAAAAGAAGACGACGCAAGCAGGAAACAGUAAAUGCGUCACAGACGCUCACUGGAUUGUAUUUUUUUCCCCCCUUCCUUUUAUGUGCAUUCGUUGAGAAGGACUUUGUGUCAAAUUCUGACUUUAUCUGAUAUUCCAUUACUGCUGCAAAUGAACUGGAACUGUGAUUUCAGCGAGAAGUGUGGGAGUGAAGGGGAGGGGUCAGGGGAUCAAUGUGGACUAAUGGUUGAGUAGUAAAGUUAAUGAUUUAUUCUGUUGUACAGACUGCUGUCAUUUCUGAUGUACAAAGUCAAAGAGUUGUCUCGUGACAUAAUGUUUAGUUAGCCGAUAAGAAAAAUCAUCUGCGUAAUUUUUUGGUCACAUGAUCAUUUCUCUCUUUCAUGUUCUCUACAGCACUUUGUCUUCAGUUCUCCAUCCUGACCUCUGACACUUACUUACCAGCAGUAGGAUUAGAAGAACAAACAAACAUUAUAAUGUGAUACAUGUGCUUAUUUUUUUAUAUUUUUGCCCCUUAUUUAUUCAUCUCACAUUGUCAUUUCCUAAUUUAUUAUAACUUGACUAUUUAUAUGAACAAAGCUGUUAGGUCAGUUGAAUGUUAUUUAUUAUUACCCUCUCGUGUGUUUGUAAAUGGGGCACCAUUGGAAGAAAAACAAGCUCUAAUUUUAGCUGAAUGAUGAAUCUUUUUCUCAAUUAUGAGCGGAAAGAUUACUCUGGGGGGGAAACAAUACCAGUGAUUUAAGAAUGUAGACUUAGCCUCUUUUUGGAGAGAGGGAAUGCUCUUUUAUUGCUAUAUGUCAGUUUCUAUAUUAUUGUUUGCAUAGGCUGGGCCUGAGAGAGAGAACAUUGAUCCACAGAUGAUCUCUUUGUAAAUAGAUAGUUGAAAAUGGGAUUGAUUGUCUUCUUUACCAUGCUGGGGAUUCCUGCUCUAUAGGUUUAGCUUGUAUUGCUGUGUGCAUGUCAAAUAUGAGCUUUUCUUUGCAUGGCUUUUGUGUAAAUGUUCCAACCUGAUCAGCCACCACAAAACUACCUUUUACAUUGGUUGACCUUUACUCACUUUAUACCCUGGCUUUUAUUUCUAGCCUUUUUGGAUUUUUUUUCUUUUAAUCUCUCCGUCCACCCGCUGAUCUUUUUCCUCCUUCUCCUCUUUAUAUUGCGCACAAUGUUUUUGAGCAGCCCCUCCUUCAACCUUUUUCACUCCAUGGAGGACUCGGAAGUCUGAGCUGUGUAACGUGCAAAUAUAGAAGGCACAAGGAGAGGAUACCAAUACUUAGAAAUACAAAGCAAUACUCUCAUGACAACUCUCCUUUGUUUUCUACAAAUGGAAAGUAAGCAGCUCAGAGGGACAUUAAGUGAUUCAGAGAGCCAAAGCCGGAACUAAGCAGACUGAUGUAACCCCCAUUGAACAUAACUACUGUGAGCAUCAUCAGUGCUGAACAAAAAAAUAAAAUCAUUCAGUUAUGGUGUCUUUCUUUUCCUCCCAUGAACACAC